AUGAAUGUAGGCAAAACCGUCUCCAGGUCUCUCAGGCUCCUCAGCAAGGCGCCCUCUCGCCUGUACGUCUCGCAAUCUAUACGGGCUGCCUCCCAAUGUACGCCCGGUUCCUCAGGGUCUUCGCAAGAACGCCCCCACUUCCCUUGCGUUGAUGCACAUGCCGUGCGAGAGUCCCGAAUCAUCUCUUCGCGAUCUACCCCUCCCAGCAAUCCCGCCUCCUCUGGCCCCGAACCCCCAUAUGCGCGACCCAACCCUGCGUCCUACAACGUGUACCACCACACCUCACCCCUCCCGCUUGUCUAUGCCGACACAUUGCCAUCCUUCGAUAUCGCUUAUGAGACAUGGGGAACGCUCUCCCCAAGGAAAGACAACGUCAUCCUGCUUCACACCGGACUUUCCGCUUCUUCGCAUGCUGCGUCUACCGAGCUCAACCCUGCAGACGGCUGGUGGGAGAAGUUCAUCGGACCAGGGAAGGCCCUGGACACGAGCCAGUUUUUCAUCAUCUGCACUAACGUCCUCGGAGGCUGCUAUGGCUCGACGGGUCCCUCUUCUCCUCACCCGGAGACAGGAGAGCCGUACGCGACCCGCUUCCCCAUCUUGUCUAUAUUCGACAUGGUCCGAGCGCAAUUCUGCUUACUCGACCACCUGGGUAUUGAGAGCCUCUAUGCGAGCGUAGGGUCAUCCAUGGGCGCCAUGCAGAGUUUGGCCGCAGGAUGGUUAUUCCCUGAGAGGGUUGGGAAGGUCGUGAGCAUCAGUGGGACAGCGAGGAGUAGCCCAAGCGCUAUUGCUAUGCGAUUUGCGCAACGAAGUGUCCUCAUGGCGGAUCCCAACUGGAAGGACGGCUUCUACUACGAUAGCUUGCCCCCACAUACAGGGAUGAAGCUCGCUCGACAAAUUGCGACCAUCACAUACCGUUCAGGUCCCGAAUGGGACAUACGCUUCGGUCGCCAGUUUCGCAAACUCCCCGACUCCGAAGCGCAGCGACCAGACGCACCCCGCGCGCCCGCACUAUGUCCCGACUUUCUCAUCGAGACGUACCUCGACCACCAAGGGGAGGAGUUCUGCCUCAAAUACGACGCGAACUCGCUGAUCUACAUCUCGAAGGCGAUGGACCUCUUCGACCUCACGGCGCCCGCGCUCGCCGAGCUCCGCCUCGAGAUCCCUGCCCCGCGUGCGGGGCCCCCUCCCCCGCCUCCUAGCUUAGCUGCGCACCCGACGUCACCCGCACACCAGCGGUACCACCAUCUCCUGUCGCAUUCGAGGAGCCAUCCUCCGCCGCCGAACCCCCCGGUGCAUCUCCCAGAUCUGGCUGCGGGUCUGCGCCCGCUGGCGAACACCCCCGUGCUGGUGCUCGGGGUGCAGAGCGACAUCUUGUUCCCGGUGGAGCAGCAGAGGGAGGUCGCGGACGCUCUGCGGAUAGCGGGCAACCAGAUGGUGAGCUACUACGAGCUCGGGGGUGUCUGGGGACACGAUACGUUCUUGUUGGACGUGCAGAACGUAGGCGGUGCUAUUCGCGGGUUCUUGUCGUAG